AUGGACCUUCGCGUGCUCUCUCGCAGUGGGCCGCCCGUGGGCUUAGCAGAUGGUUCACUGACGGUGAUGUCAAGAGAGACCGGAGGCGCAGAGGUGGGGUUGGACCAUCUCACCUCUCUAGGGCACAAUUCCCAGACAUUGGACACAAGCAGACGAAGCCAGACUUUGGAGAGGAAGCUCAAAAGAAGAAAGUGUGUAGCAGACAACAUGACCGUGCCUAUGGGAAUGACAUAUCUGGAAGCAAGGAGUGUCAAACAACCCACUAUGGCAGACUACACCAAGAGGUUCCACGAGUUCAGGGCUUGGGCAGAUCUUCAUCAACUCCUACUCAUGAAACCAGAGGAUCUGGACCUAGCUCUAGUGGAGUUCUUACAGGAGUUGUUCGACCGCGAGAGGGGUGUCAACGAUGGGGUGAGGGUGGUGGCUGCUUGCAAGUUCUUCCUGCCACACAUUGCAAAGGGGCCCGGAACCAAUCUUCCCAGGGCGAAUCGCGCUUUGAAGGGCUGGAAUUUGGCCGCACCACCUCAGCAAAGGAUGCCCAUGCCUCUGGAGGUGAUGGGAGCUCUAGUUGGAAUCUUAAUGAACGAGUUCAAGACCAACAUGGCUAUCCGGAUGUUCUUCCAAUUCAUCACCUAUCUGAGGCCAGGGGAAUGCAGCUCUUUGACAGUCAAGCAGUUAGUCCCACCGCAAGGGAUGGGCACCCAGCGCUUCAAUCACUGGGCCAUUCUCCUCCAUCCAUCGGAGGAUCUGAUUCCGGGGAAAACCAACAUUUUCGAUGCGUCGGUGAUUCUGGAUUCAGACCCAUGGCUAGGAGAUUGUCUCAGAAGCAUGAUGCUAGGGAAGAAGCCGUCAGACGCCUUGUGGACAGACUCCCAUGCAGAAUUUCGAAAAGCCUUCAACCAAGGACUGCAAACCCUGAAGCUAGACAAUCUGGGAAUGACGUUGUAUGCCACCAGGCACGGCGGAGCAACUCACGAUGUGCUGUCAAGGAGGAGGUCUCUCUUGGAGGUGAAACAACAUGGAAGGUGGGCCAGCGACAACUCACUCAAGCGGUACGUCAAAGAGGCAAGACUGCAGACCGAGGUCGCCAAGGUCCCAGAGCCCAUUCGCCUCUAUGGCCUGCAUGUCCUUCAGCUGCUCCCAGAUCUUCUGACUCAGGCGCGCAAAGUUCCAAAACCCCCUGUUGGAAUUUCACUGUCAGCUGAAAGAUGCCGUUCACCACGUGUCUCGUGGCUCAAGAUCCCGCCCGGCCCGGCCCUGAAACUGGGUCUGGGCAAGGGCAAAGCCACACGUGAAGUUGCGUAUGCCGGCAGUGGCAUGGACGCUACGGCAGCUGUCAUUGUUCACGAGGAUGUUCUUCCUCGAGAUCGAGAUGAGCCCACUGCCUUGGCGAUGUCCCCUCCAGAUCCUCUUCAACACGCCAAGUGA